AUGUCGUUGUUAAACUUUUCACCAUCACCUUAUAAAUAUACAGAUAAACUACGAAAAUUUGAUGAAGAUACAACAAUUGCAUUAAAAUAUGAUUUAAAUUAUACACAACAAAUAAUAUCAGAUGAAAAAACAUGUAUGAAUAGAUUAAAUAUUCUUUUAAAUAUGAUUAAUCAAUGUGAACAAUGUGUUAAUGAAGUUCGCAAUGUUUUUGAUUUAUUUUUUCUACAUAGAAUAUUUGAUGAACUUAAACAAAAUUAUGAAAACGAAUAUAAAAAAUAUCGUUUAGGAGAUUUAGCAAUUCCGAUUUUACAUCCUCAAUUAAAACAAUAUCUUUCUUCAAAUUGGAAUAUUUACAAUGAUAAUCAUAAAUUAAUCGAAUUCUUUUCUAAAUGGAAACAAAUACUCGAAGAUGAUACAAUUGAUUUAAUAAUAGAUAAUUCAAUUCAAUCAAAAGAAAAUAUGGAUUCAUAUCAUCGACUUGUAUGGGAUGUUUACAUGCCAUUUUUACGAAAAUCUAUUCUUGAAUGGAAUCCACGUCAACCUGAUCAUUUAAUUGAUUUUAUCAAACAAUGGAUGCCAUAUUUACCACAAUGGAUAAUUGAUAAAUACAUUCAUGGCUUCAUCCAUGCUCAAGCAUUACAUAAUUGGCAACCAUCAGAUCUAUCAGCUAAAGCUGUUCUUCUUCCAUGGCAAAAAGUUUUUAAACAAGAAACAUGGAAUGCAUUUAUGAAUAAAUAUAUUGUAUCAAAAUUAAUUUCAACAAUGCAACAAUUUAUUAUUGAUCCUCGAGAACAAAUUUUAGAUCCAUGGCAUUGGUUUAUUGCUUGGUAUGAUAUGGUACCAUUAUCAAGUAUGAUUACAAUAUUAGAAAAAAUUUUUUUCCAAAAUGGCUUCAAGUAUGUUUAUUUGAUUGCUUUUUUCUUACUAAGAAACAUUACCAAAUGAUCUGCUUCAUUUACUUCAAUGUUUUGCUAAUAUGUAGAAGAUCAUUAGAGUAGUGUAACCUCGAAAGGUUUCCUACUAAUGUUUAGAUUUGAUCGAUAUAGCGACUUUUUAGUAGAUUUCUUGUGCAGGAGUAUAGUUCUUGAAAAAAAAAUUACAUUUUUGGAAUUUCGACUUACAACAGGGAAAUAUACUCAAAUGUCAUUCAACUUCAUAUUGCGGCUACGAGUAUGUCUUAGUAAGAGUAAGACAAGCUUAAGAGGAUUCCUACCUAUCGUCUACGGAUAAUGAGUUGUAACUGUUUAAAUAAAUAUUCGACUGUAUCGACAUAUUUGAAAGUUUCAAGGAAAACAAACAUGUCUUU